AUCAUUUCAUUCUUCUUCUCCUCCCCCUCUCUCUCUCAUGUUCUCUCUCACUCCCAAUCUAACCCUAACCUAAUUCAAUUUUCCCCCCAAAAUUCCCCCAAUCCAUGGACACCGCCGUCUGCUUCUCCCCUUCCUCCACCUCCUCCUCCUCCUCCGAGCCCCCAAUCAAGCGCAAGCUCCCCGCCGAGAAGCCCUACCGCGGCAUCCGCAUGCGCAAGUGGGGCAAAUGGGUCGCCGAAAUCCGAGAGCCCAACAAGCGCUCCCGCAUCUGGCUCGGCUCCUACUCCACCCCAAUCGCCGCCGCCCGCGCCUACGACACCGCCGUCUUCCACCUCCGCGGCCCCUCCGGCCGCCUCAAUUUCCCCGAAUCCGCCCCCGACUACGCCGCCGACCUCCAGAAGGACCUCUCCGCCGCCGCCAUCCGCAAAAAAGCCACCGAGGUCGGCGCCAGAUUCGACGCCAUGAUCGCCGCCGGCCGCGCCCCCGCCGCCCCCAUCAAAUCGGCCCGGCCCGACCACAAGCCCGAUUUGAAUGAGUAUCCGAGUCCCGAGUCUUCGGAGGAGAAUUGAGUUUGUUUUUUUUUGGGGGAUUUUUUAUUUUAAAAAAGAAAAGAAAAAGAAAAGGAGAUGUAUAUCUAUAAGGGGAAAUUGGAUUAUAGAGAAAAAAUCUUGCUUUGGUUUAAAAUUUUAGUUUGGUGAUUAUUGGAGAUUAAAUUGUAUAAUUCUUAGUUGGAUUAGCAAUGGGAAUUGAUUUUGUCGUUUUC